AUGACAACGGGUUGGAUUCUAGCAGUGUUACUCCUUGGAAGCGUCUGUGUUGGCCAAGAAGAGCUUCUUGACAACCCGAGCUUUGAGAAUGGUAUCAGCGGCUGGAAGCAUGAUGGCUUUACCAUGGAUGUGGAAACGACGGAGGUUCACGGGGGCAGUAUGGCUGUCAAGUGCUACGGAAGAACUCAGUCUUGGGAAGGCCCUGCACAAGAUGUGAAUGUCAAGCUUGGGGGCAGAUAUGCCUUCAGUGCUUACUUCAAGCUCAUCGAUGAUCUGCCACCCAAAGGGCCUCAGCCAGUCAUGAUCAAAAUUGCCAUUGGCUACGAUGACGGCACGACAGAUUACUUUGAGUUGACAGGCCGUGUUCGUGUCACUCCUGAGGAUGGGUGGGUGCAGCUUGGAUCAGAUUUUAUCUUUCCGAACAAACUGCAAAGCUGUACCUCGAGGGACCCGGGUCCAGAAGUUUCGUUCUAUUUUGACGAUGCCAGUUUGAAGGAGAUACCAGAAGACACUAACUGGGAAACUGAUGCUAAUGCGAGAAUUGAGAAAAUUAGAAAAAGUACCAUACAUUUUAAGUUUCAGGUUGGGUCAAAUUUUGACGCCAAGGACAUCGAAGUUCAGAUUGACCAUGUCCGCCAUCUCUUUGGUUUUGGGUCUGUGGUUCGAAGUGACUUUCUCAUAGACGAAGACUACAAGCAGUAUCAGAACAUCGUGCAGUACAUGUUCAACUGGGUGACCAAUGGGGACUUUAAGUGGCGCUACAAUAGAGGCACACGGGAUAAUCCUGACUACAAAGUUGCAGUGGCGGCAACCGACGCACUCCGCAAAAUGGGGAUAAAAGUUCGAGGUCACUGUAUGUUCUGGGCAGUGAAGGGAAAUGAGCCUGAUUACGUAUCCCCGUUAACUGGUCAGGACUUGAAGGACGUUGUGGAUGAACAAAUAAAGUACAUGACCAACAUUACGAAAGGAAAAUUGUCCCACUGGGAUGUGAACAAUGAACUGUUACAUGGGCGCUUCUAUGAGGACGGCACUGGGGAUCAGAACUUCACUUUCCACAUGUUCAAGGCCAUCCACGCCGCAGACCCGAUCCCAGACUUGUUUCUCAACGAUUAUGAUGUUGUUGCAGGAGGCGGCCAUACUCUGGAAUACCUUGAUCAGAUCAACGCGUUUAAGGCUGCCAAAGUUGGCUUGGGUGGCGCAGGUGUACAGAGCCACUUACAGGACUUGACGGAACCAGAUCCAACAUUGCUCAAGGCUCGGCUGGACCAUUUGGCUAAAGCGGGCGUGCCUCUCUGGGUCACAGAACUGGACUUGGCAGCACCUGACGAGACCAAGAGAGCAGACUGGUAUGAGAAAGUUCUUCGCCUCUACUUCAGUCAUCCAGCUCUUCAUGGAGUCAUAUUCUGGGGUUUCUGGGAUCACGAAACAGAUCCACUUAAAGCAAUGGUUCAUGGAUAUGGAUAUACCCUGGAUGAAGCUGGCAAGCGCUUUCUCCGUCUGACCAAGAAAGACUGGAGCACCCACGUUAACAAAUCUCUGGCAGACGGAACAUCUUUUAAUGUGGAGGGUUUCCAAGGCGACUACAACGUGACGGUGUACUAUCGAGGGAAACCCAUACAGAUUAGUUCCUUCUCUCUUGGCAAGAGUAACAAGAAUGUCAAUAUUAACAUAAAUGGAGACGGAACGGCAUCAACAUCCACCUCGGCAAAACUGUCAUGUGUCACCCGGAAGUCUGCAGAGUCAGAUGUCGGGGACGACAUGAACGCUGAUGUCGCGUGCAACAGUGAUGAGGUUCUGACGGGGUGCUCCAGCUACCUGAAGAACAACGACUGGCGUCGAGAUGGUGAGCAGAUUGUUGUAACCAAUGGAACAGUUGUGUGCAGGGCAAUUGACGGUUUUUGGUCUACAGUUGGUACUCAAGCGAUUGCUCGCUGCUGCAGUCUCCAAGGGUUGUCCUGCACGUAUAAGACUGCUGGGCCGUCAGGUACAGGCGUUGAUGACCAGGUCCUGGUUCCCUGCGCAGACACAGAAUAUCCUUUAGGCUGCGCCACCUGGACCUACCAGUCUGAAUCCGAUGGAACCUUAAUUGCAAAUAACACCUGCAUCUCUCAGAAUGAUGAUCCUGCGGCUGGCGUGUAUUCGUAUGCUUCCUGCUGCAAAGGGGAAAGCCUCAAAUGCUCGUCUAUUGUGUCCGCUCCAAGUGGUCAGAAUGUUGGAGACAAAGCUUCAGCGGAGUGUCCUUCAGGCAGUGUUCUCACUGGAUGUAAUGUUUUCUCCAAAAAUGGCAGAGCUGCAGGAGCCUACAUUGAAG